GUAAAUGGCAGCGAUGGCGUCAAACGUAAUGAUAAGUGUGACAUUUCUAUUGAUGACGGUUCUGACUGCUGACUGCACGCCAUCUCCUCCACUGAAUGCUGCAGGGAACUUUGUUCAGUGUUUUGCUUCCACUGAUUGUUCUGGUAGUCCGUCAUCUAUCACUGCCACUGCCAAACAGUGUUGUAUUGGUAGUGAUGAUUCCUUGUCUUACAUGACUCCUGAUGGCUGUAACAGGUGUAUUGGUGAGACAAGCAUGAUGCAUCGAUACGAAGUUAAUUCUCAAAAUGUUUCAGUUCAUGGUUUUAGGAAGGCAAAAUUCGAUAUUACUGAAGGACAGGAUGGAAAUAUUGAGUUUCUCAAGAAUGUGAAGGGACAAUCACGUUAUGGGAGACUAGGACUGCCUCUCUUAGGAAAUAUCACGUCCACAGCAGUAACUGCAGGGGCCAGUGAUUUCAGUGACAUUGGGGUGAUAGAAACUGACAACGAAGGACAGGCAGUCUUUGCUAUAACUGCCAAUGAUGACGACACAGUAUUAGAGAGUAUUGAAGCUGUGAGACUGAGGUUUACACCAUUCUAUACCCAAUUCACGGAAGAGCUAGAGAGUGUUGGAGAAUACAUUAGAGACAUGGCAUAUGUACACAUUACUGACAAUGAUGGUGACCCU